AUGCGCCUCAUUCUUUCGAUUGUUCUACUUGCCACGUGGCAAGUAGUUCACAUCGAUACACGAGCACCCACUUUUCCCGACAAACUACAUACAUCAACGACAUCAGAAGAACCACGAGGAGAUCAUGUGUGUACAGUAAAGACGAUUGUCGAUGACUACGAACUCCGAAAAGUAAUCCAUAAUGUUGUAUAUAACGAUACGGAACAAUGUCUCAAUCCUCUCACUGGAUUCCAAUGUGUUGUUGAAAAACGUGGACAAAAAGCCUCAUAUCAACGACAACUGGUAAAGAAAGAGAAAUAUGUGAAGCAGUGUUGUGAAGGAUAUUAUCAAACGAAAGAGCAUUUCUGUUUGCCAGAUUGUAAUCCACCAUGUAAAAAAGGAAAAUGUAUUGAGCCGGGAAAAUGCGAAUGUGAUCCUGGGUUCGGUGGCAAAUAUUGUGCCAGCUCCUGUGCUCCCGGCACAUGGGGUCUUGGAUGCUCGAAAAAAUGCGACUGUGAAAACGGAGCCAACUGUGAUCCAGAACUCGGUGAUUGUAUUUGUUCAUCCGGGUUCCGUGGAAAACGUUGUGAAGAAGAAUGUCCAGAUGAUAAAUGGGGACCAAACUGUCUCAAAUCGUGUCCAUGCCAAAACGGUGGAAAGUGCAAUAAAGAAGGAAAAUGCAUCUGUGCCGACGGAUGGGGUGGAGAAUUCUGUCUCAAUAAGUGUGAGGAAGGUAAAUUCGGAGCGGACUGCAAAUUCGAAUGCACAUGUCAAAAUGGAGCCACAUGUGACAACACAAAUGGAAAGUGUCUUUGUAAAUCUGGAUAUCAUGGGGCGUUAUGUGAACAUGAAUGCUCCGUCGGAUUCUACGGAGCCGGAUGUACAGAAAAGUGUCAAUGUUUGAAUAAUCAAGAUUGCGAUAGUGUCACUGGAGAAUGCAAAUGUAUCGGAUGGACUGGAAAACAGUGUGAUAUUGGAUGUGCACGUGGAAGAUUCGGGCUUCAAUGUAAACAGAAAUGCACGUGUCCUGGAUUGGAAUUCCAGGACUCAAAUGCCUCCUGCGAUGCUAAAACCGGUGAUUGCCAGUGCGAGUCCGGGUACAAAGGUCCGAAAUGUGACGAACGAAAAUGUGAACCAGAUCAGUACGGUGCGGAUUGCUCGAAACAAUGCACAUGCAUCAUGUCGAAUACUGUAAUGUGUGCACCAAACACUGGAUUCUGCCGAUGCAAACCUGGAUUCUAUGGUGAUAACUGUGAGCUCGCUUGUUCCAAAGACUCUUAUGGACCAAACUGUGAAAAACAAGCGAAUUGUGAUUGGGAUCACGCCUCUGAAUGUGACCCAAGUAGUGGAAAAUGUGUAUGCAAAGCUGGAAGAACCGGAGCUAAUUGCUCAGAGCCGUGCCCUAUCGAUUUCUACGGACCAAACUGUUCUCAACAGUGUCAAUGUAAUAACAGAGGUGUUGGAUGCAACGGAUCUGAUGGAAAAUGUCAAUGUGAUCCUGGAUGGACUGGACACAGAUGUGAACUACACUGCCCAGCAGAUACUUUCGGAGCUAACUGCGAGAAAAGAUGUCAGUGUCCAAAGGGUGUUGGAUGCAAUCCAGUAACCGGAGAGUGCACGUGUCCACCGGGACUCCAAGGUGCUAAAUGUGAUAUAUCAUGUCCAGAAGGAUCAUACGGACCAGGAUGCAAAUUACAUUGUAAGUGUGUCAAUGGAAAAUGCGAUCCCAAAUCCGGAGAAUGUAAGUGUUCGGAAGGAUUCUCUGGAGCAGAUUGCUCUACCACGUGCCCUCAAGGAAAAUAUGGAGAUUCUUGUGAACUGUCAUGCACUGGAUCAUGCAAAGAUGCUCAUUGCUCCAAACAAACCGGCAAGUGCAUAUGUCCGCUUGGAACGAAAGGAGUGUCUUGUGACCAAUCAUGUGAAGCGAACACUUUUGGAUACCAAUGUCAACAGACUGUGACACCAUCCCAAUGUGCAUCAACUGACCCAAAGAACGGAGUCUGCUUAGCGUGUCCUCCAGGAUCUUCUGGAAUUCAAUGUGAACACAACUGCCCGAUCGGUCUCUUUGGUGCCCAAUGUGCUCAAGAAUGUACAUGCGCAGACGGUCAUGGUUGUGACCCAAUCACUGGAGAAUGUAUCUGCGAGCCUGGUUACCAUGGAUCUACCUGUUCCGAAAAGUGUCCAGAAGGAAAGUUCGGUUACGAGUGUACACAGGAUUGCCCUAAAUGUGGACCUGGAUCGACUUGUGAUCAUAUCAAUGGACAAUGUGUGUGUCCCGCUGGACUCGAAGGUGCUCUCUGUACAAGACCAUGUUCUGCAGGAUUUUGGGGAAACAGUUGUCGACAGGUGUGUAGAUGUACAUCUGAGUUCAAGCAGUGUAAUGCACAGACUGGGGAAUGCAGUUGUCCGGCAGGAUUCCAAGGAGAUCGAUGUGACAAACCGUGUGAAGACGGUUACUAUGGACCAGAUUGCAUCAAGAAGUGUAAAUGUCAAGGAACCGCGACUGCUUCGUGCAAUCGAGUGUCGGGAGCCUGUCACUGUCAUCCAGGAUUCACCGGAGAGUUUUGCCAUGCAUUGUGUCCCGAGUCUACAUUUGGUUUGAAAUGUUCUAAAGAAUGUCCCAAAGACGGAUGCGGUGACGGGUACGAAUGUGAUGCAGCUAUCGGAUGCUGCCACGUGGAUCAAAUGAGUUGUGGUAAAGCGAAACAAGAAUUCGAAGCUUUGAACGGUGGUGGGAAGUCAUCUGGUGCCACGUGGUUCUUCAUUCUUUUGAUUAUUGCAUUGUGUGGAGUACUAGGAUUGGUUGCAUUAUUCUACAGAAAUAAGUAUCAAAAAGAAAAGGAUCCAGAUAUGCCAACUGUUUCGUUCCAUAAAGCUCCAAACGCUGAUGACAAUCGUGAAUUCCAGAACCCUCUUUAUUCUCGUCAAUCUGUUUUCCCAAAUACUGGAGCAUUCGGAACAUCCGAAAAUAAUACAGGAAAUCCAACAGGAUUACUGACGUUGGAAGAAGAAGAACUUGAGAAUAAGAAGAUUCACGGUGGAAGAAGUAGCAAUCGAAAUAACGACUACGCUUCCCUUGACGAAGUCGCUGGUGAAGGACCAUCGACAUCGUCUGGAAUCAAUAGCAGAAGAGGUGUGAAUUCAUCAUCCGAUGAACAUCAUCGACGCCCUCUUCUACAUCCAGAAGAGGACGAUGAAGAUUUCGACGAACCGUACGAGAACCAGAAUCCGUCUGCGACACAACGAACAACUGAUGGUUUAUGA